AGUUUUUUGGGAAAUGGUGAGGAAGUUUAUAUAACCUCUUUGUGUUGCUAUAUUAUAAAUGGGGUCGUUGAAGUUCAAGGAUUUGUUAGAAUUUGACUGGUUAUGUGGUUUAGGUGAACAUUGACCUUCACUGGUUUCUGCAAUCAAAACUUUUGAUGAGUUGGCGUUUUUUGGUUUAACCUGAAUUGACUUAAUGGUUUGGUUUAUGGAAACAGGCUUCUACCGACAACAGUUGAACAUGUCCCAAAUGCCUAAUGGACGACUAUAAGAACCAAGCAAGGUUGCUCAUAAGCACAAAGGUUUAUCUUGUAAGUUUUUAAAAGAAAGAAGACUAUAAAUAGUUCAAAAAAAUUUACUAACCAAGUGGUAAUCUGUAAACCGUCAUUUGAUUUUCAUUGUCCCUAAUGUCUUUUGACCCUCGAAAAAAGCCUUUUACCUUCAAAUAUAUGGGCCUAUUUAACAUUCUCAUUGGUCCUAAGCGUCCAAAACUACCAUGCCUAGGCCUCAAUUUUCACCUCUCAAAAUAUUGGGAAUUCGCAAUUUUUCCUGAGUUCCAGUACACCCAUUUUUCUUCUUCUUCUUCUUCACCUGUGUUGAACUAAAAUUGAACAAGAGAAAUCCAAAAAUGCCUUAUUUUUCACAAAUUUCCCUAUACAAAUUCCUUUUGAGGCAACCUUUUCAAUUACCUCUAAAAUCUACUUACCCAUUUCUCGUCUCGCUUUGGCCGAUUCCGACUCAACUCGUUCCCAACUCAGUCCCAUCUUCAAAACUCGCUUUUUUCCACUCAAAAUCCAACCUUUUUCAAUACCCAAUCUUCAAAACCUCUCCAACUCAACACCCAGUUUACCAAAAGCUGAGAGAGUACAGUACUGAGUCAGCAUCCGAGUUGGAUGUGAACAAGGAGGUUGACUCGAUCAACCUCAAGUUUGCAGAGGCAAGGGAGGAGAUAGAGAUGGCAACGGAGUCAAAAGAGACUGUUUAUUUCAACGAGGAAGCAGAAUGUGCUCGUGCUGCUGUUAAAGAGGUUUUGGACAUGUUCGAAAGGCUGUUGGGAAAGCUAUCAGAGUCCCAAAAGGCGGUUUUGCAGCGUUCAAUGGGACUCAAGAUUCAGCAGUUGAAGGCUGAGCUUCAACAGUUGGAUGAUUGAUAAGGAAGAUGAUCUGAGACAAUAGCUGGAAAGGGAGGGUCCAGACGAUGAGAGAGGAGAUGAUGAUGACAAGGCCCUUGAGUAGGAGUCCUCAUUGUGAUAGCAAGGCUCUCGGCAUCAGCCUUGUAUUAUGACUUUAUGAUCCGUCUGGGCUGAAAUCAGCAUGGAUGAAAACCAAGUACGACAUGUUUUAACUCCCGACUGGUAGUAAGCCAGGUAAUAUUGUGAACUUGCAUUUGCUUUCAGCAAUCUCUGGUGGUCUUUGGUUAACAUUAGAAAUUAAUUAUCAUAGGGUUUUGAA